AGGAACGCAUUUCAAUAAUUUUAGGAACAACGGCGAAAGCGAGGGGCUGGUUCUUUCUGGUUCUUUCUCGUUUGUUCGGUCCUCGAGGAGGUGAAAAAUGGCUAAAUCAAAAGAAAAGAAGGGAAAGAGCGCCAUCAAUGAGGUGGUGACUCGUGAAUACACUGUGAAUCUUCACAAACGCCUUCAUGGUGUUGGAUUUAAAAAACGUGCUCCACGAGCUAUCAAGGAGAUCAGAAAGUUCGCGGAGAAGCAAAUGGGAACGCCCGAUGUCAGGAUAGACACGCGUCUUAACAAACAACUGUGGUCAAAAGGCAUCAGAAAUGUUCCCUUUAGAGUUCGUGUAAGAUUAAGCAGGAGGAGAAAUGACGACGAGGAUUCUGCAAAUAAGUUGUACACUCUCGUUACAUAUAUAUCCGUUUCGUCAUUCAAGGGACUUCAAACCGAAAACGUGGAUGCUAGCCAAGAUUAAUGUAUUACUGUAUAAUAAAUAAUGAUGAACUGAACUCGCAAG